AUGAUUGAAUGUAUGUCUCAGAACUCACCAACACAUCGAAGAGCUGUUUAUCUACCGAAACCCAUUAUAGGCACUCCAGAGAACAAAGGUGGCUUCUUUGGAUCGGGAAAAACACUUGAGAGCUCACAACCAAGCACUGCAACAUCAACUUAUUCUUUCGGAAUAAAAAGUCCUUCGGAGACUUCAACUCCACUCUUUCGGGGACUUUCAAAAGCUUCUGCAACAUUCUCUUUUGGGAAUGUCGUUCAAGCUCCCAAAACUGACGAAACGUCGAAAGAUUCUAAAUAA